AUGGAGCUGAUAACACGCUGCGCUGGGUACCCUGCCAUCUCGAGAGAACUCUUUGUGGGCGAGGUCGACCAAAUGCUCGAUCGUCAGAUUGGCGCAGUUCACACAUUGCGUAUUGAACUGUCAUUGCAAACAAGAUGGAGCGAGAUGUUGGUGUUGAAGCGGAUGCUCAGCUCGAAGCAGGUGCUCACAUCGGCAUUCUGGAUUCAUUGA